AUGGGUCCCAAAUCUUCUGGACGUAGGCGUGAAUGUGACACGCAGUCUCUGACUGCCAGUGUAACGGACUAUCCUAUAGAAAAUGGAAGACGGUAUCACAGGUACCAUGAAGGAGCCUACCCAUACCCCAAUGACGAACAGGAGCUCGAUCGCCUUGACAUGCAGCACCAUAUGUUCAGAAUGGUCAUGGAAGAUAAGCUCUAUAAUGUUCCUCUUGAUGACCCAAAAGAGUUACUCGACAUCGGUACCGGCUCCGGUAUAUGGCCGAUAGAAAUGGCGCCCCUAUUCCCCAACGCCGCCAUCACUGGAACGGACCUCUCUCCAGUACAGCCGACAGAGGUCCCCGAGAACGUUCAUUUCCUAGUCGACGACGCCACGGAAGACGAGUGGCUCUGGGACCAAGACCAUUUUGAUUACAUCCACAUCGGCAACAUGACCGGCGCCAUGUCCUCUUUUAAAAAACUACUUCAACAAACAUUCAAACAUCUCAAAGCAGGGGCAUACGUUGAAUGCCAAGAACUAGACCCGAAACCGAAAUGCGACGACGAUACAAUGCCCCCAGAAAACCCCGACGGGUUCAGCAAAUUCGCACUGCAUGACUGGUUCGACCUGAACAUGCGUUCGAGCCAGGAAUUGGAGCCCUCAAGACAGUUCCGCAUCGCUCCAAGGAUAGAGCGGUGGAUGAAGGAGGUUGGGUUCGUGGACGUUGAGCAACGACUUUUCAAAGUUCCGAUGAAUGGUUGGCCGACAGACGAGCACCUGAAAACCAUUGGGACGUGGAAUGAGAGAAAUUUGCUCGACGCUCUCUCCGGCUGGUCUUAUAAACCGUUCCUUGCUCUGGGCUGGUCGAAGGCCGAGAUCGAAGUCUUCCUCGUCGACGUGAGAAAAGCCAUUCAGAACCAGACUAUCCAUGCAUAUAUGGAUUUCUACGUGGUGAUGGGUAGGAAGCCCCUUCCUGGAGAAGAAACUUCUUGA